AUGUCAGUCAAAGGUCGAGUGGCAAUCGUGACCGGAGCCGGUGGGGGUCUGGGACGAGAAUACGCCAUUUCAUUGGCAGCCGCUGGCGCAAAGGUCGUCGUGAAUGACUAUGGUGGGACCCUGGAUGGUCGUCCUGGUACCUCGGAACGGGCCCAAGCCGUCGUCGAUGAAAUUACAACAGCUGGAGGCACCGCCGUUGCGGAUAGUCACGAUGUCUCAAAAGAUGCCAAAGAAAUCAUUGCAGAUGCGGUCAAAACCUAUGGCACUGUCGAUAUACUAGUCAACAACGCUGGUAUCGCGGGAAAGCCCUCCUCGCACGACGAUGUAGACGGUGAGGCAUUUAUGCGGGUUCUUGAAAUCGGUGUCCUGGGCACGACACUCAUGACCAGCGCCGCCUACGCGCUUAUGCGAAAACAGGGCCACGGACGUGUCAUCAACGUCUCUUCCAAUUCAAUAUACGGAUUUGGUGCUGGGGGCGACUGUGCAUACGCCGCUUCGAAGGGGGCGAUCUAUGCGUUGACCAGAGAUCUAGGACGAUUUUCCGAGAGAGAUGGGAUCAAGAUCAAUGGAAUAUUACCAAGUGGAUGGUCGAGAAUGGGUGAUAUGAGCGAAGGGACAAAGCUGGUCACGAGGACGUAUUUUGAUCCGGCAAAGAUCAGCCCCUUUGUUGUAUUGCUCGCGAGUGAUGAAUGUCCGGUUUCUGGGGAGAUGUUCACCGUCUCUGCCGGAAGGGCCGCGAGGGAGACGUUCGCAACUUACCCGGGAAGCAAUGCAGCAACUACUGAAGGCUGGUUGAGUGAUUGGAAUAAAGUCUUUGGAGUAGGAGACGAGCCCUAUGCCGCCAGUAGCUGUCUGGAUCAUGUGCAGUAUAUAGUAAAGAACGCAACCGGAAAGGACAUGGAGGCCAUUGCGGAGUUUGGUCUUGCUGCUCAGUAG